CCUGCGAAAUGCUGAACGUGUGUUUAUUUACCCGUCAGAUGUUUUCCAUCCGCGAUACAUGAAGACGUGCUGUACGAUUUUCUAGCCUGUAUGCGUGCAAAAAAGACUUCCAGAGCCACAAUUUGACUUCGCUUGAAGAAUAGACGAUUGGCCCAAAAUGGCGCAGUGGCAAAAAGUACAGCAGCUGGAUUUAGUGUUUCAACAAAGGUUUUAUGAUCUGUACAGCGGUGAUGAAUUUCCUAUGGAUGUCAGACAUUACCUAGCACAAUGGAUUGAGGGCCAGGACUGGAACCGUGCCUUUCGGGACUCCUCCCAUGCAGUGCUCCUGUUUCAGGUGCUUUUGGAGAAUCUGGACAACCAGUACAGUCGUUUCGCUCAAGAUAGAGAUUUCCUGCUGCAGAGUAGUUUUAGACGCUACAAACAAUACUUUCAGAAGUUUCAAGAGGUACCCCAUGAUCUUGCUGCUAUCAUCAACUGGUUCCUGACCAAAGAGAAGGAUAUCUUAAAUGAAGCAGAGCUUGUACAGAAAGCGCAGACAUUGAACGUUCACCCAGCUGUGCUGGAGCCGGAAAGCCAGAGUGAAAUGGAAAAGAAAUUAAGAGAGUUCAAGAAGAAAACAGAGGUGAUGGAGCACAACAUAAGAUGUUUGGAGGAACAACAAGACGAGUUUGAUUUCAAAUUCAAGACAAGCCAAAUGGACUCUGGCACAACAGAAGAAGAUCAGCUGGUGCUUCAGAAGAUGCUCAACACACUUGAUAGGGCCAGAAAGAACUUCCUGUCCGACAUCUUGAAUAUGUUGAACACUGCCGAUCAACUUUGCUUAGUGCUCAUAGACAAGGAACUGGUGGACUGGAAGCGGAGGCAACAGAUAUCCUGCAUUGGUGCUCCAGAUAAUACAAGCUUGGAACAGUUAGAGAAAUGGUUCACUCAAACGAUAGAGUGUAUGUUCAGUCUGUUGAAGUUCUUGGAAAAGCUCGAUGAGCUGCAUGGGAAGUUGACCUACGUUAAUGACCCCAUACCCAAGCAAAAAACUCCCUUAAAGGAACAAACUGAAGCUGUGCUGACCCACCUGCUGAAAAAUGCAUUUGUGGUGGAGUCUCAGCCAACCAUGCCGCAAGGUCGAGGACCACUGGUGCUGCGCACAAAUGUCCAGUUCUCAGUCAAAGCCAGAUUCUUGUAUAAAGUUCCUGAGCUCAACCAUGUUAUGAAGGUGAAAGUCUCCAUUGACAAGGAUGUUGGAAAAGUAAAAGGGUAUCGGAGGUUUAAUGUUCUGGGUACCUCCAGUAAAUCUCUCAAUAUGGCUGAAAGUUUAAACGGCAGCAUGGUGGCUGAUUUCAGACAUUUGACUUUGAAAGACCAGAAAAUCAGUGGUGGAGGAAAAGGAAUCAGUGAUCUUUCAUUGAGUGUGACUGAAGAACUGCACAAAAUACACUUCGAGACACAGUUUGAAUAUCAAGGCCUGUCCGUCUCUUUGGAGACCUCUUCUCUUCCUGUUGUGGUGAUUUCAAACUCCAGUCAGCAGCAAAGCGCCUAUGCAUCUGUUCUGUGGUUUAACACGCUCUGUUCAGAUCUCAAUAAGGUUACAUUUUUUGAGAGCUGUCCUGUAGCCACCUGGCCACAGUUUGGGGAGAUGUUGAGUUGGCAGUUUCUCUCAUGUGGAAAGCGUGGUCUGAACAGCGAUCAGUUGGAGACCCUCGCUAUUAAGCUUUUCGGUAAACAACAGAGUUAUGACAACUGUACAAUUUCCUGGUCAAGGUUUAGUAAGGAGAGCAUCCCUGAUACAAACUUCACCCUGUGGGUGUGGCUGGAUGGUGUUCUCAACCUGGUGAAAAAUUACCUGUCGGACCUGUGGAGUGAUGGGUCUAUAAUGGGUUUUGUGAGUAAGGGGAAGGAGAAGGUUUUGUUGAAAAAGAAACAGCAUGGCACUUUCCUGUUGCGUUUUAGUGAGAGUAUCAGAGAUGGUGGAAUCACAUUCAGCUGGGUUCAGUAUUCAAAUGAUGGCACACCAAAUGUGCGUGCAGUGCAGCCGUUUACAAGCACAGACCUCAGGCAGAUUGCUUUGCCCGACAUCAUUCGCAACUUUCAGAUCAUGGAGGCCGAAAACGUUCCCAUUAACCCACUUUGUUAUCUAUACCCUGAUUCUCCUAAAGAUGAGGCGUUCGGCAAGUAUUACAGCGAAAAGACCGGAGAUGAGAAUCCUUACCUGAAAUACCUCAAGACCAAACUGGUUUUUGUCUCUAAAGAGAAUGGAUGUACAAGCUCCAGAGAGGAGCCAGUUUCUGACCUGUGCACACAGCACAGAGACUCCCCUGUUUCUGAGGUAGAUGACAGUGUCAUGCUUCAAGGGCCCGAGAACUCGCCGAUGUUCUCCGACUUAACCAUUGAUACAGAAUUACUCAACAUCAUGUUGGAGGGCGGUACAGACAUCCAAAUUUUUUCAGACAUCCAAGAUGCUCCUCCAGUGAGUGAUGUGGAAAUCCUCUUUCCAGAAGCACUUUCUCCAGAUACAGAUCUUCUAAGCGAUUCAAACAUCCCAAACUUUACCUUCCUACAGGAAGACCUAAAAGGUUUCAUCCCAGAUUAUGGUUCGCAGAAGUUCAACUAUCAUAGCAUUCCCCUAACCCCCUGAAUUUUAUCUUUUGACUAAAAAGUACCCAUAAAAGUACACAUACACUUCAUUAUCUUGUAGAACUUAACCUGACGAAUUUGCAACUUGCUCUGUUCAUAUCGUUAUGAUUUAAAACUGAAUUAAUAUUGGCUGCGUCUGAAAACUUUGGCAGCUGACUUGUUGCCUCGCUGCCUCAUGAGGCAAUGACUUCGGAGGAAGGAAGGCAGUUCAGAGAAACGCUUUUGGACAACUUCAAAGGCAGCGUGUUUGAAAUAUAAACAGAGAUCGCCUUUGUGAUAACUAAUCACAUAUUUGAAAACUACAAUACUAAUUUCUCGCUAGAAAUGCAAUUAAAAAGUGAAAAUAUACAUUUAUUUACACUAAAUUUGUACUCCAGUCGCUUUAUUGGCCGCAAUUUCAUUUUUUCGAACUCGACCAGGCUCGACCAAUCACUUUUCCCAUGCGCCCACAUUCAUAGAAUUGUGGGACGAGAUCUCAGGAGUCAGGAAGUAAACCUAACAUUGGAUUCGGAUAUGCCUUGAUGCCUUCCUGCCUUGGAAUACUGCCUCAGAAAGCAGCAAUUUAGAGUUUUCGGACGCAGCCUUUAUUAAAGUAUAUUUUUUUAAGUAUAUACUAUUUGAUCCAAUCAAAAAUGUAUUGUAAGAAUGGAUUCAACUGUUCUAAGUAACAAAAAAAUUAAAAGCUAUAAACUUUAUUUUAGUCAAUAUUAACGCCAUUGGGUGUUGAAAAAAAAUCUCUUUAACAAUUUAACUGUAAAAAGUGAAAAGGAUCGAUUUUAAACAUUUCUUUUUUUUUAAGUUGAUCGAACUUUUUACAGUUUUUUUUUUUUAUGUUUCUCUGCACAUAUAUUCCCUAAUAUAAAACAAACUCUCAAAGUAAACGUUGGCAUUUUGAAUUAAAGUGAAGUGAUAUACAUUGAAGUCUCUUUUCAAAAAUAAUUCCUUUUAUAUUCCUUUAGUAAUUCCUUUAUAGAAAUAUGAGUUACUGAAUCAGUUAUAGGGUAUCCCAAUGUUCAAAAUGCUUCUAUAGUAGUCUUGUAAUAAAAAUGAUUAGGCUUUACAUUCUUGGUGCUUAUAAAUGUUUUUUUUUUUCAAUGAAAAACACAGCUGUGAAUUUUACUUUAAAGUUUAAUUUCACCAAAAUGAGCUGUGAAAUGGUGAAUGUCUAUUGUUUCUUGCCUUCUUUUUUUGACAUAAGCCUCCACUUUUCCGAUUUUGUAAUUAAUUUCCUUUUUUAUUCACCAUUGAACAUACCGUGGGGAAGUGGCUAAAUGGGUUUUUUUUUUUUUAAUACUGCACUUUGUUAGUCAAAUGAUUUUUUUUCUUUAAGUUGACUAUUUAAAAAUCAUUUGAUGGCUUUUACUGAAUUGCACAAUUUUAAGAAAAUCGAAAUGUCAAAUUUUCCUGUUUCCUGCACUGAAUAGCUGAGUCAUUACUUAAAAAAACUAUGAUUAGUCAGAAACUGUUUAUAGAUUAGGGACAAAAAGGAAGUUGGGACUAAGUUUAUUUGCACUUACAGAAAAUACUAAAACUGAGUUAAAAAUAUUAGCCCAGUUAAUGACAGAUACAUGGGAUAAUACUGAAUAAUGAUAUUGUUAUCUAUUGUGAAAACUGUCAGUCCCUUGUUAUUCAAUGAUCAAAAACAUUGAAUUGAUCAAUUGAUAUAUAUAUAUACUUUCAUUCUUUAUCUGACCUAUACUGGAAAAGUCAAUGUUUAUAUGUUAAAAAUGCUGCAAUUGCGAAUAGCAGAGAAAUGCACUUCAGUUAAAGCAUAAUAUGCUUUUGAUUUCUUGAAAAACGAAAUGACUUAAGUUUAGUCCUCUUUUAUGGCUUUGUAGGCUGGUUAUUAUAUUUCUGGAGCAUGUUUUUGUUUCCUUUUAAAGUCACUGCAGUUUAUGUCUUUUUAGUUGAGUAGAUUGUAUUAAUGUGUUGUGUAGUUUUCUUUAAUAAUGUAUCAUGAAGGCACUUACCUGUCAGGCAUCACUUUGUACCAUCAUAAACAGAUUACUAGAAUGUCAUAAUAUACCCGGGUCAGUUGAAUAUAUUAAAUGCUUGAACCACUAUAACCACCGUCAGUAUCCAUCUUUUUACAGUUACCCAAUAUUCACAUGAAGUGUUUGUUGGAUUUGUCAUGUAUUCCAUUGUACAUUCACUUUCAGUUAUGUUGAUGAUUUACAAACUAAUUACGGAUUUGUAAACUGGUUUGUACACCAAUAAAAUGUUUAAAAAAAUCAA